AUGCAAGAUACUGCUGGCACCCUCCAGGUCGAGCUGAAGCCAUGUCUUGCCGAACUUCUUCGCACCUGCAUUCACCCGCCCACGCUCCUCCUCCGAGUCGAGCACGUAUUCGGCAAAGCGCCAGCCGGUAGCCACGGGAACGCUGCAGUCGGUCUUGUUGCAAAUCUGCCUCACGACGGCGGACAUCCGCAUGAACACCUUGAGGACAGGGAUCGAGAGAGUCACCGUCCGUGGAGUCUUCGUCUGGCACUCUCCGAUAGUAUCCUGCAAAUCCAAGCUGUCCUAGCAAAGCGGCUGCACUCGAAAGAGCUACUGGGGCUACAAAGAGGCGAUCUUGUCGAGAUAGGGGACUUUCAGCUCCGACGUGCCACUCGGCGUAGCGGUCACGGUGAGGUUGUCUACCUCGGGAUCCAGCAGUGUGCAUGGGUCGGAAGAGACCACAUAAGUGCCCCGCAACUCGAGUUUGAAGGGGGCUUCGUCCGUGACGAGGACGAGGACGGGGACGACGAGAUGGCAAGAAAGAGGCAAAAGACAGAUCGGAAGGGCAGAUCUCUUUCGAAGAGAAGUCCCUCGGAUCUCAGCACUUUGGGUAAAAGGGGUUUCUCUGCCGAGAAUGAUGAUCAAUGUGUUUCAAAGAGACUACUGUCUGGUGAUCGAACUGCAUCAUCUCACUCCAAUUACAAUCAGACCGUGCACAGUGACGACUCGGAGGACGACUAUUUCGAGACGAUUGUCGUAUCUCAGAAACAGGCUGAUGAACGUCGAGAAAUGCUUCGUCAAAUCAAUCAGCCCGACCCUGCCCAAGAUCCCAACGGCGCUGAAGUGGAAGCGGUCAGUGCGGCAGAUACAGAUGGACUCUCCACUGCUGCAUCGCCCCUCUCAGAAGCGAGUCGAAAUAACAACCUCAACACACAUCCAACCGACAGAUUGAAUGACCUCGAUCCCAUUGGCAGUCAGAGCAGACCCGACCAAAACGACAAUGAGCCGUCGGCUAUCAAACAUUCUCGACCUCCAUCGUCUCUCAUCCCUGCUGGUGCACCGCUUCACACGCUGGCCUCUCUCCUUGACCCAACAUCCUCUCUACCACCGCGCAACUAUGCUUGCACCAUCUUUGGCAUGAUAACCUGGGUGUCGACCUCCUUGAUCCACAGACUAAAUACACCAUAUCCACCGAAACGGCAUGUCAAGGUCCAUGAUCCAAGCAUCUUGCAUCGGCAGGCGGGAAUCACACUUGCUGUCUUCAUCGAUGCCCAGAAUUUCGCGCCUAAGGUCGGCACUGUGGCAUUACUCAGGGGCGUGGUGAUGCAGCGAUACCAGGACGAUGUGAUCCUGAACAAGUAUGGCAGUUUCGGAAAUAAAUCAAACGAGGACCAUGACGAUGUCGACAAUCAAGACUGGUUCGUCAACGACGAAAAGACCUUGUUGGACGCGGGCUUUGAUGUGGAGGGCAUGAAGCAGUCGUGGCUGACGAGAAUCAAGAAGAAGGGUUGA